AUGUUUGACUCGAAGCAGCUGCAUGCAGCGGUAGUUGAGCUGCAUGCUGCUGAGUCAGCAGAGAUCAAAUACUCCACGGUGCAGAACUGGUAUGCUGGAGACAAGGACGGCAAAGGCGGCAUUCUCAACCUGGUCACAAAGCGUGGCAUGUGCGAGGGCAAGAAAUCCAAGAUCUCAUGGACACAGGUGGAAACUGGCUCGGCCGUGACCUGGAAGUAUCCUUCCUGCAUACUUAAGGGAGAUGACUCCAUCGGCGACUUUGAUGGCCUCCUCACCCAGGUCUACGAGGCCGGGGCGGAAGACGAGGAGGCAGAAGAGUUGGCAGAGGCAGAAUGCCACGACAACCGGGGAGCCUCAAAGAGGAGAGAAGUUGAGGUCCCGUCACCGGCUCAGCUGCGAAGAAGAGAGCCAGAGCCAGACUACCCAAGUCCCAGUGAGCUCCAACUUCCUCACAGGUACCCCGUGUGGAGUGCCGGAGCCAGUUCUGCCAGGCUAAAGAGCAGCUCCAGCGCACCUGCCCUGCCGCGAGUGCGCUCUGCCAGACGAGGAGAGGAGUCGGUGCUGUCACCAAUGAUCGACGGUCCGGGUCAUUCCGCUUCACAGAGGCAAGCUGCCCAUUGGAAACCUGUUCGCCGAAAGCCUCAGCAAGGGAGCCAUCUUCGACCGCUCAGCCAUCUCAGGCGGCUGGAUACGCCGGAGGAUGCAAAGAAGUGGAUGCCUCCGAAGGUCCAGGGAGGUGGUGCCUGGGGUGGCAUCCUUCAGUCCCAGCAUCAGAGGCUUGCCGGCGUUCUCGCGAAGCAGCAUCAGGAGAUGAAGAAAAUGCAGCAACAGCUGGAAGUCCUGCAGCAGCUGAAUCGUUUGGGAAGCUAUGUUGGCGGAGAUGCGAGGGUAGAUGGUGCCGUGCAUAGCUACAUGGUUGAGAUGGCUCCAAAGGUGGGCAGGAAGGCGCCAUCUUGGAAGCCUCUGAGUCCGAUCCGCCGGUCGGCUCUGCCCGUCUUGCCGGAGGACGAGGAGCAGUCGCUUCUGGGAAGUCGUGGGCAAAGCUCCGAGGCCUUCUGGGAAGAGGCGGCGGAGGCUGAGAGGGCCGAGGAGUUGGCGGCCGAUGCGCGGCUGGAAGUCCAGGAAGUUCCGGCGGAGGACGAGGGCGCUUCCGCAGAAGCCUCCGAGCAGAAGGAGUUUGAUGCAGAGGGAGGUCCCGAGACAGAAGCAGAGGGAGUUCCAGCUGCCGCUGCCGAGGCCACCGCAACUGGACAGGGAUCGUUGGAUUCGGGAGAGAUCGAAGUGUCGGUGCAAGUCACCCUUCCCUUGGACGAGGAGGAGGAGGAGGCGGCUUGCAGCCUACAGCCGAGUGUCGCGGCCCAGCUAGCUUCCGAAGAUCGUGACGUGCUCGCGCCGGAUGAGGAAGUGGGCUCACGCACUGGCGACGCCGAAGUUGAGCAGCUUCAGAAUGAAGACGCGGCGUCGUCCCCACAGCAGGAGGCGGCCAACGUCAGCUUUUUCAGAGGUGAGGCUCAAGCAUCGCUGCUGGAGCAGGCCGUCUCCAGCCAGAAGCAAGGUGCCAUACCCUGGGCUGGAGGCAGCUUCUCCACCUCGUGGAUGCAGGAGCUGGAGGAAGCGGCUGCGCCUUACGCAACCCUCUGCCGGGAUACAACGGAUGUGCUUAUGGCAAAUUUGGGCAGCAUUGCUCCCAACUCCAGACGGUCCUCAGUGGAAUCCCAGCUUAAUACAAGCCAUUACGGCCUGCCUUCCAAACAAGGCCACUGCGUGUUCAGCGGCGACCGCCGGCAGGAAGAGUUCUUGGGGCAGAUCGGAGCGACCGAGGAUGCACCCCCGGAGAAGUCGGAGCCCGAGACGGAGAACACGCAGGAGCCUGGAGGAGAUGCAGAGCAUGCUGAGGAAGUGCCUCAGCCGCCUCCAGAACAGACCGAGGAAGCGCCUGUCGAGCUGUCAUCCGACAUACCUGCACGUGAGGAGAUCAGCAUUCGUGGCAAAGACUGGUCGAUAUUGGCCGCGGAGUGUGAUGUGCUUCUGGCCGAGUGCCGGAGGCCACUUCCGGCAGACAGUGCGGCUGAAGCAGGCGGAGGAGGAGUCGAAAUGGCAACACACGUGCCCACAGACCGCGCUGAAGUUGAGCAGGAGGACGCAUCAGAGACGAAAGAAGAUGCAACUCCUGCGGAAGCAGUUCCUGAGGACACGUGGGCCGCAGACACAGUGGGACUCGAGCUGGAUUUGUAA